AUGGAUUUUGACGAUGAUGCCCCGCCUGAUCUGGUAGAGACGGGCAUCGCGCCGGACGAAGCACUGCCUCCUUCAGAAAGACAGGUCAAGGUGCCCAUUACUAUUGUGACUGGCUACCUGGGUGCUGGAAAGACGACCCUGCUCAAUUAUAUUUUGACGGCUCAGCAUGGAAAGAAGAUUGCUGUCAUCAUGAAUGCACUCGAUAUUGAGAAGUCUCUCACUGUGAACAAGGGCGACGAGCAAGUCGAGGAGUGGCUGGAGGUUGGCAAUGGUUGCAUCUGCUGCUCCGUCAAGGACACUGGCGUCAAUGCCAUCGAAUCGCUCAUGGAAAAGAAGGGUGCAUUCGACUACAUUCUGCUAGAAACCACAGGCCUGGCCGACCCCGGUAACCUCGCCCCCUUGUUCUGGGUGGACGACGGCCUAGGAAGCACCAUCUACUUGGAUGGCAUCGUGACACUCGUCGAUGCGAAGAACAUCCUUCGUAGUCUCGACGACCCCGCAGGCAAGAUUGAAAUCGACGAGGACCACAAGGAGGACGACGACCACGGGCACGGUCCGCUUAUGACGACCGCUCACGUCCAGAUCUCGCACGCCGAUGUUAUUGUUAUUAACAAGUCGGACCUCGUCUCAGAGGAAGAGCUGAAGCAAGUCAGGGCGAGGAUAGAGUCCAUCAAUGGCAUCGCGAAGAUCCAUGUCACCAAGCAAAGCGAGGUCCCCCAGCUAGAGGGCUUCCUGCUGGAUUUGCAUGCCUACGACCAGGUUACGGAGCUCGAUACUAGCCAAAAAGGCCACAGCCACCUAGAUUCCGUGAGUAGAUAUCACCAAGUGUUUAUUUUGACUGUUGCUGAUCUCACAGACCAUCUCCACCAUCUCGAUACCGGUGCCAAAACUAGCGCCUUCGCAGCUGGAAAACGUCGAUAG